AUGGAAACAAUUGGGGCAAGCUGUCUUAGUUUAAAAAUUGUAGAUAAUAAUGGACAGCCAGAAAAUGACAAUUUACUAGGUGGCAGCACGUUAACAUUAAGCAGUCAUGAAAAAAAAACAUUUAAUGGAAGAUGGCCACAGAUUUGCGCCUCUCUUUUUGCAGCCUCGUUCCAUAUUGGCAACGGCAUCUCUUUAGCCUACUCAGCAGUAUUAAUAUCCCAAUUAGAUAAAGGAACAGACGAGAACCUAAGACCCAGCACAACGCAAAAGUCAUGGAUAGCUAGUGUUCUGAUAAUAGUCAUACCAGUGGCGUCGGCGAUAUGCGGGCUGCUUAUGGACAGUAUCGGCCGGUUGAAUACCAUUAAAAUCGCUGGUUUACCGGGUAUAAUUGGUUGGAUUAUGAUAGCCUUGGCUAAUAAUAUACCUGUGAUUAUUGUUGGACGACUUCUUAUAGGAAUUUCAUCGGCUUGGGGUACAAGUCCUGGUAUUGUUUAUAUCACAGAGAUUGCAAGUACUGAUAUAAGGGGGACUUUGAUGUCAAUUACACCUGUAUAUGUAUCACUCGGUAUGUGCCUUACAUAUUUUUUGGGGUGGAUUAUGGAUUGGCGAACACUGGCAUGGAUAUGUAACGUAUUUGUCGUGGUGCCAUGCCUAUUAUGCUUUUUAAUUCCGGAAAGUCCAACAUGGUUGAUAUGGAAACGAAAAGAUGAAUCUGCCAAGAAAGCCCUAAAAUAUUUUUGCAAGAAUCAACCAGAGCUGGACAAUAGAAGCUACGCUGAUGUGCAGUUUGAACAAUUGAAACGCGAGCAAGAUUUAAAGAGGAAAGAACAAGAUAGUAGCAAUAGUAUAAGGAAGUUUAAAGAAUUUUUAAAGCCCACUGGUUAUAAACCUUUGCUGUUUUUCGUCGGGAUAUUCUUGUUUCAACAUUUUUCGGGUAUAUUCAUCACAAUGUUUUAUUCAAUACAAUUCAUAGAAGCUGCAGGGACUAGUAUUGAUCCCUAUAUAGCUUCCAUUUUGAUAGGAUUUGUAAGACUGAUCAUGUCUUUGGUGAGUACAGCCUUGUUGUCUAAAUUUAACAGGAGAUCUCUGAUAUUCUGCAGUACAAUUGGUAUGUCAAUAUGUAUGUUCCUAUCGGGUUUAUUCACCAAGUGGAUACAGGAUAAAACCACUACAUAUACUUGGGUGCCAGUAGCUUGUAUACUCCUAUAUGUAGUAUUUUCUAUUGUCGGUUUACUUCCAAUACCCAACAUGCUUUUGGCAGAACUCUUCCCCUUAGAAAUCCGUGGCAUGGGAUACAAUAUAGGCUACAUUAUUUUUAGUAUGUUCAUGUUUAGUGCCUUGCAAUCUUACUUUACACUUCUAAGCUUCUUCGGAGGUGCCACACAUCUACAAUGGUUUUUUUCAGUCAUAUCUCUUGGUGGUCUAGUAUAUUCUUUCAUUUUUCUACCAGAAACUUUCAAUGUUAAACUAGCAGACAUAACAAAGUACUAUGAACAUCGGACAAUGCAUAUAGGUCACCAAGAAGCCAACAAGAAUGAGUCAAACAGCAAUAAUAAUAAGAUAGUAAUAUAA